CCCGGCCGGUUAGGGUUUGCGGGGAAGAUGGAGUGUCCCGCUUUGGGCACCGUGGAGGCUGCGGACGGCGGAGGGGCCGGGCCUUACAGCAGCUCGGAGGAGCGGGAGGGCGGGGAACCGGACGGGGUGCGCUUCGACCGCGAGAGGGCGCGCCGCCUGUGGGAAGCCGUGUCCGGCGCCCAGCCGGUGGGGAGGGAGGAAGUGGAGCAUAUGAUCCAGAAGAACCAGUGUCUCUUCACCAACACUCAGUGUAAAGUCUGCUGCGCCUUGCUGAUCUCUGAGUCCCAGAAGCUGGCCCAUUACCAGAGCAAAAAACAUGCCAACAAGGUGAAGAGAUACCUUGCAAUCCAUGGAAUGGAGACAUUAAAGGGUGACAUGAAGAGAAUAGACUCAGAUCAGAAGAGCAGCAGAAGCAAAGACAAGAACCAGUGCUGCCCCAUCUGUAACAUGACCUUUUCCUCCCCUGUUGUGGCUCAGUCGCACUACCUGGGGAAGACCCACGCAAAGAACUUAAAGCUGAAGCAGCAAUCCACUAAGGUGGAAGUGUUGCACCAGAAUAGAGAGAUGAUAGACCCAGACAAGUUCUGCAGCCUCUGCCAUGCGACCUUCAAUGACCCUGUCAUGGCUCAACAGCAUUACAUGGGCAAGAAGCACAGGAAACAGGAGACCAAGCUCAAGCUCGUGGCACACUACGGGCGGCUGGCGGACCCGGCUGUUGCUGACUUGUCAGCCGGGAAGGGCUACCCCUGCAAGACGUGUAAGAUAGUGCUGAACUCCAUCGAACAGUACCAAGCUCACGUCAGCGGCUACAAACACAAGAACCAGUCACCAAAAACAAUCGUCUCGCCCUUGGGCCAGACUCCCGUGCAACGGCAACCCGUGCAGAAGGACGCCACUGCCUUGGAAGACUAGAAGUGUUGCUGUCGGCACCCGCUAGCCAGCUGCCCGUGACCGUGUCAGCCGUGGCGCUCUUGUCCCCCUUUCUCACACCGGGAAAAUAUGAGG